AGGAUACUUAUCAUAUGUCAUUGUGGAUUUUUGGUAUUCUGUUAGCUGGCUUCGUGACAUGUGCACCACCUGUGCUAGUUGAGAUGAACGUCAAUGAAUUGGAUGAAAUUAAAUAUGCACUGGCCGACCAACUCGUUGACUACACAGAUGAUAACUAUAGAACUGCAAUAUAUAAUGCUUUAGAUUAUGUUGAAGUGCACUCUAUAAGGUACACUCUUUGGAAAAACUUCCCGAUGGACUUGACUAUGUUUUUUGGCUUCGCGGGGUUCUGUGCCACCUACAUCAUUGGCUUGUUACAAUUUACAUAUUAGUUUUUAAUUGCCCGUUCUAGCAAAACUGAACUGCUUGUAGUUCAUAAGCCUUAGAUAUUCUGGACACAUGAAUACUAAAGUACUCUUAUUGAGUUCCUUAGAACUUACUUUAUUGAAAAUAGUUUAGCCAACGUUUGGUCCUUACAUCACCCAGGGAGAGAAAAGGUGUAGAUAUUCCAAUCUGAUAGAUGUUCUUAUUGCCCUGAGUGUCGGGCCAAGCGAUCUAUAUUUCCAAUUCAAACAAAUAUUUUGUAUGAAAAGCGUAAUAUGUUUAACAACAAAAUAUUAUGUUUAUUUUCUUUACGUCAUGGUGUGUAAUAUAAAGUAAUGCACUGUAAGUGGCUUAGAUUUAUUAUUAGAAUAAAGCCUUUUCAAACUUA